UCCUCUCCCCAGGCUGACGAGAUCGAGAAGAUCUUGUGCCACAAAUUCAUGCGCUUCAUGAUGAUGAGGGCUGAGAACUUCUUCAUCCUGCGCAGGAAGCCUGUGGAGGGCUACGACAUCAGCUUCUUGAUCACAAACUUCCACACAGAGCAGAUGUACAAGCACAAGCUCGUGGACUUUGUCAUCCAUUUCAUGGAGGAGAUCGACAAGGAGAUCAGCGAGAUGAAGCUCUCUGUCAAUGCCAGGGCCCGCAUCGUGGCAGAGGAGUUCCUUAAGAAC